CCGGGGACCAUCCAUACGAGUGUGAGUUCUGCGGGAGCUGCUUCCGGGAUGAAAGCACGCUGAAGGGCCACAAACGCAUCCACACCGGGGAGAAGCCCUACGAAUGUAACGGCUGCGGGAAGAAGUUCAGCCUCAAGCACCAGCUGGAAACUCACUACCGCGUGCACACAGGUGAGAAGCCAUUUGAGUGCAAGCUGUGCCACCAGAGAUCCAGGGAUUACUCGGCCAUGAUCAAGCACCUGCGCACCCACAACGGAGCGUCGCCCUACCAAUGCACCAUCUGCCUGGAGUACUGCCCCUCUCUGUCCUCCAUGCAGAAGCACAUGAAAGGCCACAAGCCGGAAGACGUGCCCCCAGACUGGCGCAUCGAGAAGACCUACCUGUACCUGUGCUACGUCUGAGGAAGAGAGGAGGAAGAGGGGGGUGGGGGGUGAGAGGUAAGGGGAAUGUAAUCGGGAGGAUAGGAGGCUAGGGGUCAACCAUUUCUUUUUUUAGAGAGACCCCCCGAAAAGCUAGAAGGUUUGUUUUUCUCUUUUUUACUUUACAUGCAAAAAGGCGGCGACGACGACCAGCUGUAAGGGUGGUGACGGAGUAGCUAAGUGCUAAAGAAGAGCAGAGGAAGACUUGGACACGGAGAGAGAGAAUCUCCAUCAUAGUUCGGAUUCACCGGGUCAUUCACUACAUCUGCAAACUGUGGUUUUGUUUUAGGUCAUCGGACGCAGCAUGCACAGAGGUGACUUUUUUUGUAAUGCUGCUGCGAGAGAGAAAGCAGAUUCUCAAGGGCUGUCUGAACCUGAACCGGCUCCCAUCACUCCAUCACGAGUGGUUUGUUGUUAUACUUGAUAUUGGUUUACAAUUACCCUGCAGUCAUUAUAGUUUAGAACAAGAGCAUCGGUUUAGACCCCUAAGUUCAUCAUGUCAUGGUUUGCUUUCAAUGCCAAAACCCUUCCAACAAACCUUCUUUUAACCGCAUACAAAGGUAUCUUAUAUUUUCCAACCCGCCAAACAAACUAAAUCAUGACACGCUCCAGAGUUUGAAUGAUGGGUGGAAAUGCCCCAAAUCGUUUCCAUUCCUAACAUUUCUGCUUUUGCAGUAGACACAAAUGAUCCCAGUUUUUUUUUUUUACAGAAAUCCAGCAGAGAAACAUGUCAAGACUGUUGGCAGCGGUGGCGGUGAGAUAGCCCCUGAGAAUCUGAGACAAUAUGCAGUAGAUGAAGCAGUUGAACUGGAUGAAUGGGAGCACUAAAAUACUGGGAGGGUUGGGGGGGUGCUAGUGCUGCUUUCUAGUUUGAACUUUUCUCAGCAGUCUUCCUGGUUCUCCGUCGAUGAGGCCUGGAGAACGUCGAGUCACCACUGGCCCACUUGUGUCACUUUUUCAUCUUAUAUAUGUUCUUAGCUCCGCAUGGUAGUUCAUCAAGGCUUGAUCACAGGUAACAAAUCACGACAACAGUCUUUGUUUGAUGUCUUCAGAAAUAUAUCUUUCAUUAAAUCAUAACUCAAUAUUACAGUGUACCACAUUAAACCCAGCAUAUCCGCCUACUCAAUAGCAAUAGAUAACUGGACUGCUUUGUAUCCAUGUACAUUUAACCUGAUGACUAUCAUUAUCUCACACUAAUGAUGAACUAUACACAAACUAACACGUUAAGAACACUUGCAGCAGACCUGUCCACAGGGAUGGAAAACAAAAUGGGAAAAGGGUUGCUUCUCGUUGUGAAUGUUUGAAGAAGUUGCUGGGAACACCUGAGCGUUUCCCAAAGAUGGUGUGGCAAGUUGAAGACCGUUAUAUGUCAUCAACACAUGAAUGUGAGUGACUGUGAGCCGGGUUCGAACGUGGCUGUCGUCAAAAUACAAACCAGGGUUAAUGCUGCCCUUCAUUAGGAGUCAGGGGGUUAUUACUCUCCAUGCCUUCAUGUGUCAGUGGAGUUUUAUUUAGAAGAGUACCUCCAAACAACGGCCUUAACCCUGAAAUUAGUCAUUAUUCAAGCACUUCUUCACGCCUCGCCUCAAAGUCAAGGCGUUCUUUGAAUGUGUUUUUAGUUAGAUGCCCUAAAUUAGGUCUGGGGUUUAGAUUUGUAUGUUUUGUUCUAUGAGAUAAAAUGAGUCAGUAAAGACCCCACUGAUGAAUGUCUAAGGCGUGUAUGUGUCUUUAAAAACAUCAUUGUUAUACGUUUCAAGUCUCAACGUCAUCCCGCCAAACAUUAGCCACCUUUAGCUUGGAGGUAGUUACGUGAAGUCAUGAUGUAGCUCCUUUAUAGCCUCAAGUUAGCUUCUUACGUCUAUUGAUUGCAUAACAAGUGUCAUUUCUGCCACAGAGCUUAUUUAAUGCACUAUUCCAAAAUCCAGCAGUAAAAUCUCAUUGGCUUUUUGAGGAGGGAACCAGGGAGAUGCUAACUUCAGGGUUAGCCUAUAAAAUACGCCAUCAGGGCACCACUUUUGCCAAUAGUUGAAAUGGUGCAUAUACCAGUAUGCAUCGGUAUUUGCCAAAUGUCCAACUUUCUGACGCCACUGAGGGCAGCAUUGGUCCCGGAUGAGUGACGCAGCCACAGGUAUUGAAGAUGAACCUUUUAGCGCGCAUGUCACUGCAGCACGGCGGGAUCACAUAUCCAAACGGCCGGUGGAAAAAGGGGGAAAUCACUGAUCGGACGAGACACUGCCCGGCAGCCGAGCGGCUGUAAGACGACAGAAUAAAUCGACUCUUUCUCUUCGGUUUUCGUCCCCGCGCUUCGUCUCUCUCGUCUCCUGUUGAUGUUGUUGUUGUUAAUGUUGUUAUUAUCGACCUUGAGUUUGAUCUCAACGCAUCGUACUUGAAUUACCUCGUUAUGUGACCUCAUGUUGCUUGUGUAUUUGUUUUCCCUUUUUUGUUUCAUUUGUACACUUUUUAUUUGUGGAAAAAAAGAUGCAUUGCACAACAUGAUGCAGCGAUGUGUACGCAGAAAAGAAUAAGUGCCACGGUGAAGAGAUUUCUAAUGUUGUUGUAUUUGUUUGUGCAUUACAUGUUACCAAACUUGGUAUUAUUAACCCCGCUUGUUAAAGAGUCGGUCGGUUUGGUCAUUUGUUAUAAAAGCUACCUCUAAGUUGUUUUCAUUUUUUUGGCAAAAGCACAUUUUAUUUGUGUUUUGCAUUAUGUUAUCAUUGCUACUUCAUCUCAUGCUUAUUUUUGGUGAUUUAUGAUUGUCUGUGUUUUUUCUAAGCAAAAUGUACAUAAAAGUGGAAGCGAGUACAAGAGGUUGAUGGGAUUUUGGAAAGUCAUUCAGCGAGGCGUUUAUUCUUCUCCUUUAGUCUCCCCCUGCCCCUCCGGCCACAGAAGAGCAGAGCAACGUAAACAAAAAAAGCAAUUUUGAAGCCUUAAGUGAUGAGUUGGGAAGCGGCAGAUAAGAGGAAGUACUAUUGCUUUUUGAGAGGGGUUCAAAACAAGAAUUAAAACUUGAAAAUGUGUGAAUACAAGUGUAGUUUUGUAAUGUGAAAAAAAAAACGAAGGUUCAUGACAAACGCUGAACCGACGAAGACAGGUUUGAUUUGCAGCGAUGCAGAGUGCGUUGGACAAUUGGAACUGCAAGUGGUAAUCAAAAAAGAAAAAACCAAGAAGGUUAAAGAUAGAGAUUUCUCUCAUGAACGUAUUCCUGAACAAGAGCCAACAGAGGCAAUUUGAUAUAUAAAAAUGGUGAUAUUUUUGUAUUCAGUGUCAGUCCUUUUUCCAUUUGUGGAGGGUUACAGCAGGGCACAAAUAUUUGUAUUUCUUUUAUUUUGUACCUGUUUUAGUUUUCUCUCUAUGGGUGUGAAUCAUGUUUGCCUUGCUCCCCUUUGAUAUUGUUGGACAAAAAAACGUGUGUGAACAUAUUGUAAUAAUAAGUGUUGCUUUCUUGGAUGUCAAUUGCAUUGUAGGGUGAAGGACUAAAAUCUAUCCGCCACAAAUUCUACGAGUGUCUGUGACAAAAUGUUUAAAAAAAAAAAAAGAUAAAAUACGGCACGGCAGGGGGGCGCUGCCAAACCGACCAAUUAGUACUUCACAACUUUUCAAUCAAACUUGACUGUCAACAUGUCUGUUGUUUUGUUUUUGUAUUUGAAAAAAAAGAAGGGAUGGCAUGUCCCGUGGUGAUUUUAUUCUCAAACACUGUGAGCCGAGGGGCUUUUCCCCCCCUCGUGUAAUAUCCACCCACUAUGAUAUACCGCGUCAGUCUGAACACCACAAUGCAAGACCUGAGCAGUUAUUCCUCUCAUCGUCCUCUGAAUGUUUUCUACUUUUUCGUGCGGGUGAAAGAGUGCGUUAAAGAGUGCGUAACUACGUGUGUGUGCGUGUGUGUAUUAGUGGAAAAAUGCACUAAUCAGAUCAGAUACAAAAUAAAUAUUCUAUGCCACUUUUUUUCUCUAUGUUGGAAAAAAUAUAUAUAUACAUUGGCAUCGAUAUAGUUCUUCCCUCAGUGUUCCUCCGAUGUUUUCUGUACUAUCUUUGUGCCUAAAAAUGGAAUUUGUUCAACAAAAAUGUCCAUCUAUAUCUGCUUAGUUUCCGUAUUUUUCAGAAGAAAAUAAAAAUGGUGUAUCCAGCACACUAGGGAUGUCAUGACGCUCUUAGUUUUUUAUUUUAUUCGUUUCUAAAUCCUGAAGAGAGCAGGUCUGCAAUAAAACCCUUAAUGCAGAUGUAACUACAAAUCUGCAUUCACUUAUUUUCUCAGGCCGUGAUUUGACAAAAGCAUUUAUUUAGCGCCAUUUUCUGGAGUCGGGACAAACUCGGCUCCAGUUAAUAGUUUUUCUGCCAGAAAACAAAUCCCAAGUCUAGUUUUUGACUUAUUUGUGGCUCUUUUAGUCAGCAACAGGUUUGCUGACGAGCUUAAGAUACAAAAGACCUCCAUUUGGGCAGGUUGGCACUCGGGAGUCCCCCUUCUGCUUUCUGCAGUUUUUUUAUUAAAGUACUUUUUCCUUUUCUACACAAUGCAUUUAAAAAAUAGGGCGGGGGAGGGUGGGGGGUUAAAUUGUUCAGAGAGGAAUCAUGGCAUCCCUGGAGCGGGCCCUCUGUGUUUUGGUGUGGUGUUUCUAGAACAAAGUAGCCAUUUCAUGCAGUGUUGCAAAAGCAUGUGCCAUCGAGGUCUAGACUAAAAACUGUUUUGAGUAACAAAGCACCAAGACAUUGUAUUUUUUUAUAUUAGCACUGAGGACCAAUCGCCCUGUCGGACCAAGCUUAACGAAGCGUUUUAUGUAACGAAGCUUUUCUCUCUUGUCUUUCCCCGGCUUUGUCUGUUUCUCUCCUCCAUUGUUGUGACAGCACAAGUGCCAGUCAAUUUGCUCUGUAUUAAGAAAAUAGUGUUUUUAUUAUGAUUUGAAUUAUAGUUUUUGUCUACCUCAGCACCUAACCUUAGCCUAAUCUUAGAAGGUGCCCAAUUAUUAUUUUAUUUUUCUUUAUUUCUUAUCGUUGUAUGAUUAUUGUUUUUUGUGUGAAAAUGUUGCAUUAGAGCUUUGCAAAAGGUCCUUUGUCUUUUCCAGCGACAUCGUGCUAUUUUUUUCCGUGGCAGUACGUAUUUUCCUGUUGUGCCACCAAUCUAUAGCCACCGUCUGUUGAUAAAGAGGUUGUUCUUUUGAUUUUGUUUUUAUUUCCAUGUAGAAUCAAGACACCUCUCUUUGUAACAUUUCAGUGUUCUCUGAUGGAGUGUGAAAAAAAAUAAAAAUAAAAGAUUUAAUGCUGCAGGUUCUCCAUGUUGUCACUAAAGUCAAUGUUGUGCCUUUGAUAGUGAAAAAUAGAAGAAAAAAAAGAAUAUUUCUUUUUCUACAUCCUACUAACGGUAGAUUGUUUUUUGUAGUGGAAUUUUUUUUGUAUUUUUAUUUAUGAGUCUCAUAAUAAAAAUCAAAUCAUGA